AUGUUUUACUUUUUUAAGUUUUUUUUUAAAUUCGUUACACUGUUGUUGUAUCUGCUAUAUAAGUAUCCGUCCACCUGUAUCGACCACAGUAAACUGCCUUUGAUAUUUUACGGGUUUUCCAGGGAUAACAACUCAAUCUUGGACUCGGUAUUUUCCGUAAAAAUCACGAAUCGCAACAACUUGGUUUGCGACGACCACUUGAGUGUCCUGGUCCACAAGGCCGAAUUGUUUCACACAAAGGGUGAUUCAAGGGCCCCGACCACGCUCAGCUGCACUGAACUGCUGAGAUCCAAGUGUCUAGAUCAGAAAACCUGUUCCAUCGGAGUGAACGACUGCAAUCGUCUUCUUGAGGACAAGAGGGUUAACAUUGACUUUUUGAACGUAGAGUACACUUGUGAGCAGUCCAAAGUUCCUUCAAGCUCCUGCCAGGAACUCAUACACCCCUCCGCCACCUCAGUUCUGGGUAGAAAGUUAAAAGCCUGCUUUCGUUCUCCCACGUGCAAAUACGUUACUUCUGACGAUUCCAAACUCCACACUGCUGUUUGUGACAGGCCUGUUUAUGUAAAAGCAAAUUCCUUCUACGAGCUUGCCAAACAAGCCAACUCUUCCAAGCAGCCAACUAUCGUUCCCAUGCUCGGCCAUGUCGUUGCCGUUCCUUCCCGAGUUUAA